CGAACAAUUCACAAUGGAACUGGUUUUUUUUAUUAUUUUUGCCAUACACACGUAGAUUAAAUUAUAGUAGAACUUUGUAUAUGGAAAAGUGGACGUAACGAUUCAAGCAAAAGGUGUGUGUGACGACGCGACGCUACUGGAAAACACUUAGAUAGCGGAAUUGCGUCGAAACGGGAGCAUUACGAAAAUGAUGUAAAAGAAAACUCUCAAGUAGGCAGCCCCAAAGCACUUCAUAUGUGUUCGUGUGCGCGCGUGAGUGUGUGUGUGUGUGUUGUGUUGUGCUCUGUUGGUGUGUGGAAAUUAACGUAGUGUGAAGAAGUGGAAGAAGGCAAAGCAACAACCAACAACAACAACAAUAAUAAUAAAAGCGACAAGCGACAAUUGCAAACCAAGGCAAACAACAAGCAACAGCAGCAGCAGCAGCGUAGCGCCUCGAAGGCCACACAGUCGCGUAGCCGGAGGACAAACAGGAACGGAACCCCACUGACAGCCACAAAUCUUUGUGGCAGCGGCGGCGGCGGCGACCAUUGCCUGUGCCGUGUAGACGACAACGACCAUGGAGGAGAAACGCAUUGCGGACUACUUUGUGGUGGCUGGAAUGCCAGAGCAGCCACAGCUGCUGCAGGAGAACAUAUUCAAUGAUUCGGGACGACUGAGGGCGGCCAGCACCAUUGAGCCCAUCACAGACAUUGGCGUCUUCUUUCCGCUGCUGGGCGAGGAGGUGCCCGAGGGCUACGAGCUGCUCGAACAGACGCCCACAGGCCUGCCGGCGAACCUCAAUCAUGGCUCUGUUCGCACCACAGAAUGUUAUAUAUACUUUCGGCGUGGCAAGGAUCGCCCACCACUGGUUGACAUAGGUGUCCUCUACGAUGGCCACGAACGUAUCAUGUCGGAUGCCGAGAUUGUGGCCGAGACACCGGGCGGUCGUGUGGCCAAUGUGAACAACUCGUCGGCCAAGACCUUCCUCACGUAUCGUCGCGCACGCGGCGACAUGUCCUGCAAUGAGCUGGUGGUAACCGAACUCUGCGUCAUCGUCCAGAGCAAGGGAGAGCGGGCGCCGCACGCCUUCUGCCUGAUCUACAAGACCCUGAACAAGGGCUACGUGGGCAGCGACGUUUAUCUGUGCUACAAGAAGUCCAUGUACCGACCGAAGCACAUCAGCUACAAGCCGGAAAUUCUGCUGCGCUAUCCCACAGUCGAUCACAACGAUUUCCCCCUCAACUUGUGCCCCAGCGUGCCGCUCUUCUGCCUGCCCAUGGGCGCCUCCCUCGAGGCCUGGCCCCAUGUCAAUGGCUCCGAGAAGCGCAAGCCCAUCAGUCCGGUCUUCAGCACCUUCGUGUUGACCGUCAGCGAUGGCACCUACAAGGUCUACGGCUCGGCCCUCACCUUCUACGAGGAUUACGAUGAGUCCCAACUGUCCGCAGAGCAGCGGGAACAGCUCGGCUGGGAUGAGGAGUUUGGUGCACAGCACUCGCUGCACAUGAUCAAGGCGAUCUGCCUGCUGUCGCACCAUCCCUUUGGCGACACCUUUGACAAAUGGCUCAAGUAUCUGCAUCGCAUGGUUUUGUAUGGCGUCAAUAUACCCAUACCCGUGGAGCGUUACAUAACCCAGCUGCUGGAUGAGGUGCCCUUUCCGGCACCGAGCAUACAUCUGCAGCUGUCCAGCGAGUCGAACGAUCGAAUAUUGCUAACCCAGCCGGAGGAUUCGCCUUUGCCGCGCAGUGGCGCUGGCUUUCACAUGCUGCUCCAGAACCUGGGCACCGACAAUUGUCUGCAUGUGCUGCUGCUGGCCCUCACCGAGCAGAAGAUACUCAUACAUUCGCUUCGACCGGCCACGCUGACGGCUGUGGCCGAGGCCAUUGUCUCGCUGCUCUUCCCCUUCAAGUGGCAGUGCCCCUACAUACCGCUGUGUCCCCUAGGGCUGGCCGAAGUGCUGCAUGCACCGCUGCCGUAUCUGAUCGGUGUCGACUCGCGCUUCUUCGACCUCUACGAGCCGCCCACGGAUGUCACCUGCAUUGAUCUGGAUACCAAUAAUAUCAGCUUGUGCGAAUCACAGCGUCAUUUGUCGCCGAAACUGCUGCCGAAACGUGCCGCUCGACUGCUCCGGCAGACGCUCACCGAGCUGGAGAAUGCCAAGCCCAUCAGCUAUGACUCCACCAACAGCCUGGAUCGUGACAUACGCAAGCGGAAGCGGGAACUGGUGCUGGAGCAGCGCAUACAGGAGGCAUUUCUGCUGUUCAUGGCAUCGAUAUUGCGCGGCUAUCGGGACUAUUUGGUGCCCAUAUCAAAGGCCCCAUCGGUGGGUGCCACCGAUCCAAGUGCCUUAUUCCAGCUGAAGGCAUUUCUGCGUUCACGCGAUAAGUCGCACCAGAAAUUCUUCGAGCUAAUGAUGAAAACGCAAAUGUUUAUACGCUUCAUUGAGGAGCGUUCGUUCGUGUCGGAUGGCGACCACGGAUUGAGCUUCUUCGACGAGUGCGCCGAGAAGGUGGGCAACUAUGAUGAGACGCCCGCGCAGCUGCACUUGGUGGACUGGGACACGGGCCAGAGCAGCGAGCGCACCAAGUACAUAUUCCCUCCAGACAGCGUGACCGCAGCAUCGGCAGCGGGAACAGCAUCGAUCAAUGGGGCGGGUGCGUACACCUACACCUACAAGAACUUUACGCUGCAGCCGGAGCUGCUGCAGACGAGCAGGAAGACGGCCAUGUCGAAGUUUCUGCAGCUGCAGCUGAACGCUUCGCUGUCGCCGGGCUCACCGAUUGCGCGCCGCACCAAGCACGAGGUGAAGCUGUCGCAGAAGAUGGCCAGCCGGUGUCAGCAGCAUCCGGAGGCGUGGUCCAAGUAUCUGCUGGCCACCUGCUACUCGCUGUACUUCCUCAUUCUGCCCUCGAUGGUGAUCGAUCCGCGGCAUGCCGGCAAGGAGCACGACAUCCUACGCGCCGCCUACGAUGUGCUGGUGCGGGCCAGCAAGCUGAAGAUCACCUGCGAUGAGUUCUGCUACCGCAUCAUGAUGCAGCUGUGCGGCAUCCACAAUCUUCCGGUGCUGGCCGUUCGCCUCCACUAUCUGAUGAAGCGGUCGGGCGUCCAGCCCAAUGCCCUCACCUAUGGCUUCUACAAUCGCUGCGUCCUGGAGUCCACGUGGCCCAGCGACAGCACCACCCUCAGCCAGAUACGCUGGAAUCGCAUCAAGAACGUGGUCCUGGGCGCCGCACAGUUCCGCCGCGCGGGCAAGCGUCGUGCCGCCUCCAAGGUGUGCAAGUCUUUGAGCGCCUCGCACGACCACAACCUGAGCACCUUGGAGACGGUCGACGGGCAGUCGCGCACCAGUCUCGCCUCCUCCUCGGGCGACACCCACGGCGGCCUGCUCGACUUUGCCGCCUUCGAUCGCCUGAGGAACAAGCUGGGCAGCAUUGUGCGCCAGACGGUGGCAGGCGGAGCCAGCGAACCACUGCCCGCCGAGGAUGUCGUCAACAGUGCCGCCGGACUGCUCAUCACGUCCGGAGAGCCGAGUGCACCGCACACGCCUACCUACGGCGGCGACACCGAGAUUCUGGCCAAGGCGCUGCAGCAGCCACAGCAGCCAGCGCGUAAGCAGAUCAUGCAGAUCGGCGGCGGCGACGACGAGGAAGAGGAGGAGGAGGAGGACGAUGAGUAUGCAGCCGCCUCACCAAUCACACCGCAAAAGCUAUCCGAAUCGGUGGUGGAUGAUCUGCAUUACACCGGCGGUGACUACGAGGCCGAUGAGGAGGAGGAGGACGACGACGACGACGACGACGACGAUGAUGACGAGGAUGAUGAUGAGUGUAUUUCGGGUGCCCAGAAGGGGCAGCAUCAGCGUGUGCAGAGUCCCACCAAAAUAUCUCCGCGCACGCCAGUGACUCAGAAUGAUCCGCUGGGUGCCCUCAACGAGGAGGACUCCUCCACGAGCACACCCACACAGCAGAAGCAGGAAGGACUGGCGCAGGAGCAGCAGGCGCAAUCGCAAUCGCAAUCGCAAACGCAGCCUGAUGGCAACAUAUACAGCGACAAGCCGAUCCUGUUCAGGGGACAGCGCAGUGCCACCUUCGAUGAGUCGACGCAGAUCGGCAAGAGCAUGCACCGGUCGGAGACGAUGCCGGUGGCCAGCAGUGGGGUGACCCACAGCCUGGCCAAUAUCGGAUCAUCGCUGAAGUUUACAUUCGGACGUUACUCACCCGCACGAUUGUCCCUUAAGAAAGACUUGAAAUUGCCCGCCAAUAUAAUAGAAAAUAUAUCGAGCAUAAGUCCCAGUCUGACGGGAAGGAAGUCCAACGAAUUGAUCCAGGGAUCGCUGAGCAGCAUCAAGUAUGCGGCCAAUUCGCUGACCAAGAAGUUUGACGAAAUCAAGGGCGCCAUAUCGGCCAAUUCGACGCCAACGAAAACGAACAAUGGCCACCAACAUGCCCUGCCCCACCAUCCGCACCACCACCACCACCAUCAUCAUCCACAUCAUAGUGCGCAUCAGCAGCAGAACGAGCAGGAGGAGCAUGACGCAGCCGGCAGUGCGGGCCUCGAGGAGGGCAAACUGAGGCGCGUCUCCAGCGACCUGGAUCCCUGGGGCAGGCUGAGCGAAUCGCGCAAAUCCAGCUACAACAAUCUGGUGCCGCUCGGCGAGAACAGCUCCAGCGGUGCCCUGCACAUGCACGCGUUUCCGGCCCUGCCCGACAAUCUGUACAGUCCCAUGACAGAGGGUUCCAUGGAGCGGGACUGCGAUGUACUUAUCCAAUUGACGACCUGCUCGCAAUGCCACAACUGCUCGGUGCUGGUCUACGAUGAGGAGAUCAUGAGCGGCUGGACUGCAGAGGAUUCCAAUUUGAAUACCACCUGCCAUGCGUGCAACAAGCUCACCGUACCCUUCCUCAGCGUGGAGAUAGUCCGCAUGGUGGAUGAGGAGUCCAGCGAGCAGCAGGCGAAUGGAAAUGGCAGCCUUAAGAGCAGCUUAACCGUGCCGUAUCUGAAUCCGUUGGUGCUGCGCAAGGAGCUGGAGAAUAUACUCACGCAGGAGGGUGAUAUGGCGCUGAUCAAGCCCGAGUUUGUGGACGAGCAUCCCAUUAUCUAUUGGAAUCUGCUCUGGCUAAUGGAGCGCAUCGAAAGCAAGACCCAUCUGCCCGAGCUGUGUCUGCCUGUGCCGACCGAUAAGGAGCAACUGGAUCCGCUCAGCAAGGUGAAGACGGUGCACAUUCAGUGCUUGUGGGACAAUCUCAAUUUGCACAGCGAGACCAGUGGCCCGCCCAUGUACAUACUGUACAGGGAGACGCAGCCAACGAGUCCCCUGAUCAAGGCACUGCUCACCGAUCAGGCGCAGCUCAACAAGAAUGUCAUUCAGCAAAUCAUUUCGGCCAUACGAUGCAAUGAUCUGGCCACGCCCCUGAAGCGUCUGGCCAACGAGCGGCACAAGCUGAAGAGCAAUGGUGUGGAGCGUUCGCAUUCCUUCUAUCGGGACAUACUAUUUCUGGCCCUCACGGUCAUCGGUCGCUCGAAUGUCGAUUUGGCAACAUUCCAUCGCGAGUACGCGUCCGUUUUCGAUAAGCUGACGGAGCGCGAAUGCAAUAUGUAUUACCGCAAUCAGGAUCUGCCGCCCUCGGCCUCAACGAUCUUCUGUCGGGCCUACUUCCGACCCUUGCUGCUGCCCUGACGCACUCGGGAUGGCGGCUGUACUGCCUCCGAUUCCGAUCACGAUCGCGAUCCCGAUCUAGAUUCAGAUCCCGAUUCCACUUCCGAUUUGAGUGAUGAGAAAACGGACGAAGAUCGAGACGGAGAUGCAGAUGCAGAGGAAGAGGACGGGGACGGUGAUGGUGAUGGAGAUACAGAUGAGGAGCCCUGAAAGAAUAAGACGACCAAAAAACAACAACAAAAAACAUAAACAAUUUGAAAGAAGAGUAACUUUUGAC